AACAAACAAACAAAAGCUAACUUUCCAAAACUGUCAUUUUUCUAUGAUCUAUCUAUUUUUUAGACUGAAAUGUCUUUAUAAAUUAUUUUCAGUUAAUUCCCAUUAGAUUUUAGUUUUUUAUUUAAGAUUUUUUUUAUACAGUGGACUUAGGGAUAAGGAUUAAAACUAAAGUAUGCCUGAGUGCUGCAUACCCUGUCCGGCAGCGGCGCCAUGCGCCAUGUCGGCGGGUAUCAAGUCGGGGCUGCGGGAUGGGAAGCCCAUCGACGGGAAGCAGGAACAUCCCUGCCCCUGUCGAACUUGCUGCUGCGGGAAACCACCUAUUGUGAAACCGUGCUACAAGCAGCCUCGCAUCCCAGACUCGUACGCGCCGCGUCGCUGCUACAUGCGGCCCACGGCCCCGGUGGAGUCGUGCACCACGUACAAGCUGUCCUACCUGCCGGUGGACGGGUGCCGCAACCUGCGCGGGGAGGCACGGAAACCACCUCCCAACCUCGUGCCCAGCUGCGAACCUAUGGAAGGAUGUACUGUGCAGAAGCUAUCAUACCUCCCGAAUCCGACGUGUAUAACGCAGCCGAUCCGGCCGUGUAACCACGACAUGUGGGGUCAGGGUCCGAUGCAGAACAUCACCACGCAGCGACACGACUACGUACCGAAGCCCUGCGUGCUACGGGAGAGUUUCAAACCUGCUCCCAAGUUCCACUGCGUCGAACAGCCCUUUGAGAAUCGCACUAUAAAUAAGCUGUCGUAUUUACCACCGGAAAAGAUCGAGCUGACGAAGUCUUUCGCCCCGGAGAGGUGUUACGAGCGACCAGCCGCCAAGAUGGAAGGUACCACUACACAGAAGAUGAGCUACAUGCCCAAUCAGAUUCUCCCAAAAGAACCGUUACCAUGGGCUUGCAAGGGACAAUAUCAGAAGCCGUGCCAAAAGUUGGACAGUAAUACAACCUACGGUAUGAGUUACUUGGACGCAGCGAGCGACUGCCGGCGACGUGCCAUCAUCCCUGAUAGCUGCAACAACCCCGUCACCUCGUCCAAGAGAUUUGAAACUCAGACCAUUUAUAAGAACAGCUACCUCCCAACCAAGUGUCCCAUACCGCAGCCCAUAAAACCGCUGUCGAACCUGGUGCCCUCCACUGCACAGAUGGAAGGUGAUACUGUACAGAAGCUUUCGUACCUCCCGAACCCGACGUGCAUAACGCAGCCGAUCCGGCCGUGCCACCACGACAUGUGGGGUCAGGGCCCGAUGCAGAACAUCACCACGCAGCGACACGACUACGUACCGAAGCCCUGCGCCAUCAGGGAAUCCUGCAAGCCAGACCAUAAGUUCCACUGCAUUGAACAACCGUUUGAGAAUCGAACUGUGAACCGCAUGUCAUUCCUGGACCCCGGCCGGUGCGCGAUACCCACGUCGUAUGCUCCGUUGAAAUGCUACGAGAAACCAGCAGCUAAAAUGGAGUCGACGACUACACAGAAGAUGUCGUACCAGCCGGUGUGCGUGCCGAAGCCGCAGAUGCCGCCGUGGGCGUGCAAGGGACAGUACCAGAAACCAUGCCAGAAGUUGGAAGGCACAACUAUCUACCGGUCAUCGUUCCUGCCGCCCGGCGAGGACUGCACGGAGUACAUGGAUCCCUGCAAGUAUGGGGACUGCAAACCAUGCGACUGCAUAUGCCCCGCGGAGUGUAUAACAACAGAUCCGUGCGCGUGCAACUUCCCCAAAGCCGCGUGCUGCUCGUGAACUAAACGCAAAACGCAAACAUGGCGGAAUAUGUUCCAAAUUCAAAGUAUAUCCAAAAUGGCGACCAUUCGACGGUUACUUGAAUCAAACUCGUGGCGUUGAGAAUGGUACUUGAAGUACAAAGAAAUCAUGAAGUUAUUUUAUUAUAAUUAUACAUUAAUCUAUCAUAGUUUUAUGGAUAAUUUUGAUUAUAUAAUUAGUAGUAAAUUUACGAUUAAAUUAUAUUUUGAUUAAAUUAUAUUUCGUAAUGUUAUUGAAUAAAGAAAUAGAUUUUUCUA